GUGCCUGCCGCUCAUUGCCCCCAGAGCGCCAGGCGCCCGCAGCUUUCACUAUUUUCAACAAAAGCUUCGGCCUCUUCCGCCCGAGCCCGCCCAGGCUCUCACGCUCCUUUUCCUCGUCGCCUGUAUUUCAGCGCGCAGCUUCCUCCGAUGCGGGCAUUCGACCACUGAUUCGCAGAACACCCUCGCGCGAGAUCCGACCGGAGUACCUCCUCGCGAGCAUGGCCUUCCACUUCAACCAGACGCCCUCUGUAAACGUCGGCGCCGAGCUUGCGGAGAUCAACCCAGAGGUCAUUGGCUUCUCCACUGUGGGCCAUGGGCUGGAAGGCGUGAAGAAACUCAAGUUGCUCCCCGCGCCCUGGCCGAACGACAAUGUGCCUCCAGCUUCGGCCACCCUCCUGUCCGUCGCCUCGGAGCGCCGUCUGCUCGCCGCAGCUGCACCCGACACCCUCAUCCUAGCUUCCACAGACAGCGUCCGCAAAGCGUUCCACGAACAGGCCACCAAGGAUGAUGUCGUCACCGACUUCACGCCUGACUUUGCUCUUCCGGUGCCGCGCCUCCGCCACGUCGUCUUCUCCUCGGGCGAAGACUUCCUCGUGCUCAGUCCAGAAAACGAAGGGGGCCUGGCUGUAUAUGGCGUGGACAAUCUUCUUCGGGGGCAGACACAGCCAGACAUGCGAAUAGGCACAGACAACACCCCUCUUCGGGCACUAUUGCCCAACCCAAACCCGGCCAUGGAGCAGUAUAUGGCUGUGGUUCUGGAUUCGGGACAGCUCAGCAUUAUAGACGUCACGAGCACCCAACAGCCAUCGCCUGUACGGACCGAGGGUGUUGCUUGUGUCUCAUGGAGCGUACGCGGAAAGGCAUUUGUGGCUGGGUCGACCGACGGAACUGCUACCGUUUAUAUGGCGGGCAAGAACGACCAACGGGGUCAUAUUCCACGUCCGCCCGAUGUGGAUGAGAGCUAUACUAUGUCGGCCGUGUACUGGAUCAACAACGAAGAAUUCCUCCUCAUACAUUCCCCCAAGGCCUCGCCAACAGAGGAUGAGGAUGCUAUGCAAGAAGAGCAGGACACAUUAUAUCAUUUCGUCAAGACCGACAAAGCCUUCGCCACCUUCUCUUUCAGCAAGUCUCCCUUCCCGCUCCUAUUCCCGCCUAUGGACGCCCCGCAUCGAAACCCGCCCCCUCGCUUCUCAGUAACUAGGCUUCGGAACUGGGAUCCGAUUCUCAACGAUAUGUUGAUUGUGGCUAGUGCAAACUCUUCCGACGUGGCCGUCCUCACGAAUACAAGCGAACCCAUGGCCCCGGACCAGGAAACCGUGAACGACUUUCACUUGACUAAUUUAAUCGAUAGUCGGAAGGCCCAGGUUCCGCAAAUGAGCUUAGGAGAACAAGGUGAUAGCGUCCUUAUCGGCGAGGCCUUGGAUCUCUCGAGCAAGGACAAGGUUCAGCGGCCUGCACCCCGGCUGGAGGAGGUGAACGAAUCAUCCACCCCGUUGCCUGAGUAUCUUCUACUUACUCACGAGGGUAUGCUGGCAGCAUGGUGGGUUGUAUGGGAUAAAUCAAUCGAAGGAGGGAUGGGCUACCACGGGCUCACAUAUGAAAAGCAGAAAGAAGCUGGAGCUACGCCAGCAAAAUCCGGUCCGUCAGAACAGAAGAUGGCGUCCGUAUUUGGGCAGCCAGCUUCCGCUGCUGGAAGUACGCAAGGGGGUCUACAAAUGAGACAGCCAGCGGCUACUUUUGGAACACCGUCUACUCCUAAGUUCGGAACGACAGGGUUCGGCAGCACAACGCCCACUUUUGGAAAACCCUCCCAGCCCGCCUUUGGUUCUGCAUCUACAUUUGGAGCUCAAGGAGGCUCCGCGUUUGGUGCGACCGGUGGUUUAGGUAGUCGCCAAUCUCCAUGGGGUUCGGCUCCGCAAACGUCGGCCUCUCAAACCUCCGCGACUCCAUUUUCCAAUGCGGCUGGAGGCCCCUCUGGUUUUGCCAGAUUUGGAACAAAUGCUCCCUCUGGAGGCUCCGCAUUCUCUAGUUUCGGGAGCACUAGUGGUCAGUCAGGGUUCGCCGCGCUUGGGCAGCAACAGAAGUCCGCAUUCGGAGGGACUACAAAUGGAUUCAAGGGCCUAAGUACAGAACCGAGCUUUGGCUCCACAGUUACGGUAGGCUCCGGUACGGGCUCUACCUUACCUUCCUGGGCGAACACCCCCGCGCAGCAGGGCGGGUCCAUCUUCGGACAAGGUACAUCCUCAUUUGCAUCUACCAAGGAGUCCGAUAUGAGCGAUGCCGAUGAAGCGCAGAACAGAGAGCGAGAUGAGGCUACACCAACCCCCCAAGGCCCACCACCUCAGCCAAAGAAUCUCUUUGGACUCCCAUCCGAUGGCUUCAAGCUCGGAAACUCAUUUAAAAGCGACGGAUCGACACAAGAGGGUGAACAGAAACCUGCACCGUCAGCUGGCGGGUUUAGCUUUGGCGUAGGUUUUGGUUCUGCCCUAGACGAAACAAAACCACCUGCAACCCCCAUUAAGCAACUAGAGCAGAAAGCUCCGCAGGCAGUCUCUACCACUCCGGCGUCGCCACCUAAACCGCCAAACCUAAUGUUUCCUGGGGCAACACCUGCAAAGGACACUUUAGCACCAAAGGCGCCGCCUCCGAAGGAAGAGCAGCUUGUCCCAGAAGAUGCCCCUCUGCCUCCCGAUCCCAUGACAUGGAAACCACCGAAAACGGACGAAGACCUUCCUCCGCUUGCUGGAAGUCCUCCCAUUAAGGUGGAGGCUCCAGAAUCAUCAUCGGUACCAUCAUCACCUCUACAAGAAGGUUCGGGGGAUAUCUCAGUCGAGGAGGAUCGAAGUGGCGAUGAAGAGACCGAAGAACCAUCGCCUUCGGAUGCCGCGCGCAGAUCCCGGCCCUCAAAAACUGGCUGGACACUUCAAGACAGUAUCAAUCAGUCUCCGCGCAUCUUCCCGGCAGCGCCCACUCCACCAGUCGUGAAGUCUAGGACCUCGUCUCGAUCAGGCAGGAGUACGUCUCCGCCUCGUCCUCUUUUUGGGCAUGCAUCCAAACCAGCUGCCCCUUUCGGCCAGGCUGCCAAGUCCACCCCGUCAUUUGGACAGCCCAAGCAGACUCCCCAAUCCGCCGUAACUGGCGGCUUCCCCAGGGCUCCUAUGCCUUUGACACCCUCGCAGAGCCGAGUACAAGAUAAUCUCCGCUCACCUAGUCCAGCGCGGGCGGCCUCGACCUCUGUGAUUGGAACGCGGAGGGAACCACUGACAGCUCCUGGCGCUUCAUUGAGCGCGUCGAUACAACAACAGCCGAAACCACCCACCCCUCAGCCCCUGGUUUCUGAUCUAAUUGAUGAUGAGGAUGAACGUAUCCGUCUGGAGCUUGCCAGCGAGAUUGAGCCCAGCAGGACGUUAGAUGCAUUCCUUGCACGCCAAGAAUAUAGCGGAGCAUCCAUCAACAAGACGGGCCAUGCUGCUCAGAUCGAAAUCGUGUAUAGGGACAUCAACAACAUGGUGGACACACUCGGCCUCAACUGGCGCUCUCUCAAGGCGUUUUUGGAGUAUCACCAACGACCCCAACGGAACAGUGAGGUAACCCGGAGAGCAUUAGAAGAAGUCGUAGAGCAGGGCGAGGACGGUCCUUGGUUCGAGAAAUGGUGCCUUGCCGAGAUUGAAGAUUUGAAGAAGCUUGAGAAUGAGCUUGAGCAGGAGUUGGAUAAGGGGCGUGUAGAGGACGUCCUUGACAAGCUUAGUCAACUAGCACGACUGCUCCGCGAGAAAGCUCGACUGAUGACGAAGCUCAACGAUAUCCGCCGUCAGAUUAUCAACCGCAAGGAUCCCGAGAAGGUAGAAGCGCUCCGCAAAGCGUCACUGCCUAAGGAGCUGGCCGAUCAGCAGAAAGGACUACGAGGCGACUACGCGCGUCUUCUGACGUUGCUUGGUCAAGCCGAAGAAGCAACGAUUCUUCUGCGUUCUAAGCUUGCUUCGCACAAUGCGGAAAAUGGAAAGACGGGAGCCGUUCCGACCGUCGAUGCUGUUAAGAGGACUAUAAACAAGCUCAUUACAGUCACGGAGAAGAGGAAUAGCGAGAUUGCUGUUCUCGAAUCCCAGCUCCGUAAGAUCGGCCUCUCAGAAUCCAGUCGGCCGAAUUCGUCUUCUUCUCGCCAGCUUGGAACGCCACGAGGGUCCCGCGGCCUUCGCAGCGAGAGCCCAUUUGCCACCCCGCCUACAAAUCGGAGCAGAAUGAGCUUGAGCGAGCUUAAUAGGAGGGCGCUGACACCGGAGGUCGAAUCAACGCCCACUAAGGGUUACGGCUUUUAUUACACGCCUGAAGGAAGCCCGACAACAGGGGAAGACCUGGCGAGGCUGGGUGAUAUGGUGGAUGAUAAUCUCCCCGAACUGAGGGAAACUGCGAAGCGAAGGAGGAAGAUUGCGGAAGGGCUUGCAACCGCUCUCGUCGAUAGAGGAGUCAAGGUGACAAGGGUCUGAUUCGGAGCAAACCGCGGAGGGGGAGGGUGGGCUGAUGGUAGUGUAUGAUUAGGCAUGCGUGGUGUUUGAAUACCGAAAUGCAUAUGGAAUGAUUGUGCGGUUUGAGCGAGCAUCUAAAUAUCAAAAUAUAUGUUCUGGCG